AUGGCUGCUGCAUUGCUGUGGCAGAGAGUGAUGCAAAGGAGCCCAGUCAUUGUGGCUCAAGUCUUGAGGAGGUCGAGGAGCACGUCCUCUACUCCGCGCCCUCUUGCAGCCUCCCAGGACAAGCCUCGGACUGCGGGGGACCUCCUACGUGUCAGCUUCUUGGAGCUGCUUUAUAGAAUGGUGUUUCAAGGCUUCUACAGCCGCUCACAUGAACUACAGCUGUAUGAAAAGCAACUUUACGGGCCCAUAUACAUCGAUGGAUUGAAGACUGUGUCCCUGAACACUCCAAAGCUACUGGAGGAACUCUUGAGGAAUGAGGAGAAGUUUCCUAGCCGAGGAGAUAUGUCUUUUUGGAAAGAAUAUCGUGAUAUGAAGGGAUUCGGCUACGGACCUUUAACUGAGGAGGGGGAGAGUUGGUACAAGCUGAGGGUCUUGUUGAACAAGCGCAUGAUGCGUCCAAAAGACUCUGCACUAUACGGCAGCAUCAUCAAUGCUGUGGUUACGGACUUCAUAAAAAGGCUCUAUUAUGUGCGCCAAUGCAGCCCGUCAGGAGAUUUGGUGAUGAAUUUGGCCAAUGAGUUUUACUAUUUUUCACUAGAAAGUAUUGGCACGAUAUUGUUUGAGACCAGACUCGGCGCUCUUGAAAAGGACAUCCCAGCAGGUACCCAACAGUUUAUGGAAUCCAUACAUAAGAUGUUUUCCAACAGCCUCGCUGUGGUGGCAAUGCCCAAGUGGAGCCGAAACCUACUACCAUACUGGGGACGCUACAUCGAUGGAUGGGAGGGCAUCUUCAGCUUUGCCAAACCGUUGAUUGACAAGAAGUUGGAGGACAUUCAGCAGCGCAUUGCCAACAACCAGGAAGUGGAAGGAGAGUACUUAACAUACCUGCUUUCAAACACUGAGAUGAGUACUAAAGAUGUGUAUGGUAGCAUCGCUGAGCUCCUCUUAGCUGGAGUGGACACGACCUCCAAUACUCUUACCUGGACUAUUCACCUGCUGUCCAAGUACCCUGAAGUCCAGGAGAAGCUUUAUGAAGAAGUGUCAUUGGGUAAAGCCGAUGGGACCCCUUCUGCUGAGGAGGUAACCCGUAUGCCGUAUUUAAGGGCUGUCAUCAAGGAAGCACUGAGGAUGUAUCCAAUCAUCCCUCUGAACGCAAGGGUCAUUACCGAAAAGAGUGUUGUCCUUGGUGGAUAUCAGUUUCCCAAAAAUACUGCUUUCACAUUUUGCCACUACGCCAUCAGUCAUGAUGACGAAACAUUCCCAGAGCCGUUCACCUUUAAGCCAGAGAGAUGGCUCCGUGAUGGCCGAGAGAGGCCAAACCCUUUUGGCUCUAUCCCAUUCGGUUAUGGAGUGAGAGGCUGUGUUGGGCGAAGAAUUGCCGAGCUUGAGAUGUAUCUGGCUUUAUUUCAGAUAAUCAGGCUGUUUGAAAUCAAACCAGACCCCACAGUGGGAGAGGUGAAAGGUCUCAACCGCACUGUUCUCAUACCAGACAGACCAAUAAAUGUAUACUUGGUGGACAGGGGAUGAAAAUGCAACACAUAGUCCACCGGCAUGAGUGCAGUUUCUCGUUUUGAAUUUUUGUUUUGCUCCUUUUUUGUUCUCAAGAGGCAAAAUUCACUUUUUCACUGCACUUGAAACACACACAGCACCAUCCUGUUGACAUGCAUGAAGCUGAGGAUGCACUGCCUUACUCAAGGGCACUUCAGCAGCGCUUGGGACUUCAACAACUUUUAGUCUUUCAGUGACCACUCUCUGUCCGUUUAUACGGACACAAAUAGUCUUAUAUCAUCCUGCUACAAAGGUUGAGUUUCUUGAAAAAAACGUCUACAUAAAUGAAAAUAACUGAUGACUGUGACAUUGUGCAUAUGUUUUUUUGUCACAGGGUAAGUGAAAACUGUGGAUUUAUUUUCCGUUUGAUGAAAAAAAAAUUAAAUCCUCUUUAUGAAUAUGCUGUGGCAGCCUUAAAACGUCAGAAAAUGAUCAAAGCAAAGCCUGUUGCUAAUAAAAUAAAGAUGCUUGAUCUUGGCUUUCUUUCCGAUAUCCGAUAUACCGAUAUUGUCCAGCACUUCCGAUAUCAACCUGAUGCCGAUAUAGGCAGUAGCUCCUCCCUCAAACUCAAAACAAUAGUCAGCUAAAGCAAUAUGUCCUCCUACUUUGAAAAAGUAAGACAGGUUAGUCUUAAUAAAGUCACACAUAAUAAUCCGAUUAAAUAAUGCUGCCAACGACACCAUUUGGAAAGCUGCACAUUUCUAUGUGGCACAAACAUCCGUAUCAGAACAAAGUCAAUUAAUGCAAUCAGUGAAAUUAAUUAUAACCUGGGUUAAUGCCACAUGUGACUUUCCUCCUGGGGUGUGCGUAUUAGAUUAACAG